GCGGUAUCGGAGUCUGUGUUUUCUCGAAGGCGUGCUCAGGAUCCCAUCUCUUAGAUGAUGCUACUGUUCUACUGCUGAAGCGCCGAGGACCUGACUCCUGGUCGACAUUAUGCCUGGACAUGGAUUCCACGUCGCUGACUUUUCACGCCGCAGUUUUAAGUUUGAGAGGUGACGGCUCGGACUCUCAACCGCACCAGAGCGAAGAGGGCCUCCUUUGUUUCAACGGGGAAAUAUACGAGGGUCUCGAGUCGACAUCGCCUGAGCAGUCAGACUCUCGAGCGCUUUUCCGAGCCUUGCAAGAAACUCACUCGCUCGAGGGCAUUGUUCAGAUCAUUGGUAGUCUGAGGGGACCGUGGGCACUGUCCUACUUCUGCUCAAGAACAGGAAAACUUCUGUUCGGCAGAGAUGUGUUCGGUCGGAGAUGCCUGCUUGUGCGGAAGACCUGUUGUGGAUUUCAACUUACAUCGGUGGCGUGUCCGGAAAGCUCGUCAAAGUUCUGGGAAGAGAUUCCCGUCCGUGGGAUCUACGUGUACGAUGUGAACGACUCGUCUCUCUCCCUACUGGAAUGGGACCACUCUCCGACGGGCGAGCUGUUCCAUAGCUUCGUUCCUUGCAGUACCCUCGAAGACGUUCAGUUGCUUGAGCUGAAGAUCGCAUGCCCUAUUCGAGUACCUCUGAAUCGUAGUCUCGGAAACCUAGAGCUAAUGGACGACGAUCUGGCGCAACAACUCGAUUCAUUGACUGAAAAAUUCGGAGACGCGGUCGAGAGUCUCGGCGUGACUUUUCGGCGAGCUGUGGUCACCCGCAUCGAAAAAAUUUCGGAUCGACAUCGGGACCUGCCAAUCGGAAUUCUCUUUUCUGGAGGAAUCGAUUCUGUGCUCAUAGCAGCCUUCGCUGUGCAAACUUACCCUGAGAAGAAAUUCGAUCUCAUCAAUGUCGCCUUCGAACACAAAGAUUCCGACGGCGUUGCAUCGUAUCAAUCACCGGAUCGUCAAUCGAGUAUCGCGGCUUUCGAAGAGCUUCGAGUUUUAGGUGGUCAACUCAGGUUGAUAUGCGUCGAUAUACCGCAUGGAGAGGUCGAAUCAGCCAAGCUCGAUGGUCACAUUCCAAGUUUGAUUUAUCCAAUGAACUCCGUCUUGGACGAAUCCAUCGGUUUCGCGCUGUGGUUCGCCGCGAGAGGCGAAGGCUACGAUUUCCACACCAAGGACCCUCAUCGAAGCCUCUGCAAGGUCCUCCUCGUAGGGAUGGGCGCCGACGAGCAGCUAGGUGGCUAUUCGCGUCACGCAGCGAGUUUCAAAGAACGCGACUGGACCGUUCUCCUAGAUUGUAUCGCCCGAGAUAUCGACAGGAUCUCGUGGAGGAACAUGGGCCGAGACGACCGCGUCAUAGGAGACCUCAGCAGGGAAGUGCGGACCCCUUUCCUCGACGAGAACCUUGUCGCCUAUUUGAACUCAUUGCCGAUAUCAUUGAAGAUGCAGCUCCACCAGAAUCAUGGGGCAGGGAAGAAACUUAUUUUGAGGCUGCUCGCCCAUUCCAUGGGCCUCAAGCAGACAGCGUUGCGAUCCAAGAGAGCUAUGCAGUUCGGAUCGAGAUUCGUUAAUUCGUAUAAUAAGAAGAGAAAGGGUCAUGAAUCCUAUCAGAGAUCGUCCGAAUAA